AAAGUCUGGGGAUUUUCAGGAACCCGAAACUCCCACGCCCCUGACGCCUGUCCCGCUGCGCGGAGUCGGCCGGUUUGGACCGUGGCAGUCGGGAUCAGCGUGGGCCAGCGCAGUGCCAGCAGCGAUCGGGGCUCAGCAGCGCGGCGGGGUCCCAUCAGCACGAGACCUUCUGACGCAUAGCAAUGGGGAGACCCAGGAAGGAGCCCACUGGCACAUCAUCCCCUCGGCUGGCCACCACUGCCUCCAAAACCAACCCCGCCACGCCACCACCUUCCACCUCGGCCACCCGGGCCAAGGCCACGGCUGCGGGCAGCCGAUCCAGGAGCGCUCCGGCUGCCGGGGCUGCAGGCCCCAGCCAGGGGCGGGGAGCAAAGCCAGAGUCCUCUCAGCCAAGACCUGCAGCAUCCCGUGGAGCCCGAGGAGAUGCUGGGGACCAGCACAGAGCAUCUGCCGGGAAUUGCUCUGCAACCAAGAAGCCAUCUGAUGCCAAAGGAGCCACUGGUCUGGCCAGACCUGAACCACGUCUGCAGAAGAAACAGCCUGGGGCUGACCCAAGCCGGACCUGGGGCCAGUUCCUGCCUCCCCUGGAAAGCCAGGACAUCCCGUGGGUGGAGAAGGAGACGCGGGGCCAGCGGAGCAACCCCAAGUGGUACGAGUGGCGGGAGAACCGCAUCACCGCCUCCGUGGCCUCCAGGAUCGCCAACAGCAAGUUCGCCAAUGGCAAGACGGCUGAGGUGCCCCAGUCCUACCUGAAAGCAGUGGUGAGCUCCAGCCCCAGUGUGCAGACACCGGCCAUGUCCUGGGGAAUCCGCAAUGAGAAGGUGGCCGUGCGGGCCUAUGAGCAGCUGAAGUCGCAAGCGGUGGGCAAGCCGGUGCAGGUGGAGGACUGUGGCCUCUUCAUUCACCGGGAGAAGGAGUGGAUCGCUGCCAGCCCAGAUGGCAUCAUCACGGAGGCGGCCACAGGGAAAGCCCUGGGGCUGCUGGAGGUGAAGUGUCCCUACAAGCACAGGAACAGGACGGUGCGCGAGGCCUGCAAGGACAAGGACUUCUGCCUGGAGGUGAAUGGGGAUUCCUAUGCCCUGAAGAGGGAUCACGCCUACUUCACCCAGGUCCAGUGCCAGCUGGCAGCUACUGGCUUCAAGCAGGCCGACUUUGUGGUGCACACCACCAAGGAGACGGCCGUGGUCCCUGUGGAGUUCGAUGCUGAGUUCUGGGAGCAGACAGUGCCCAAGCUGGAGAAGUUUUACGCUGAGGCGGUGAUUCCCCACCUGGAGGAGAAGGCAGGUGGCUCUGCCUGGGCCAAGGAGGAGUAGACCCCCACCUCGCUCACCUGGAUGCUUGCUUGGCCACACAAACCCAGAUUUGGCCCCUAGCAUAGAAGUUAUGCCUGGUUUUGCUGCUGUUCCCGGACCAUUCGCUGCCUCCCCCAACGCAUCUGCCUCGGGACUGAAACGUACCAGCAGGCCCCUUCUUUGGUAAGGGUCCCCAAAACCAGUGACUUUCUCCUGCCCCAGGCAGGCCAGUGCUCAGCCCCCAGUGCCUUCUUGUCCUGUCCCCCUCGCCACAUCCCCUGAUGGAAGCUGGCACACCUCCGUAUCUGCAGAGGAAGCUAGUAGUAAUACUUUUGUACUAGAAUAACAGACUUAUUUUGUGGAGAAAACUGGAUCCUUUUGCACUUCAGCUGCUGUCAGGACUGAACUGUUAACUCUGCUCCGGAGUAGAGACAGAGCCAGGAAAGGUUUGUCAGAGCCCAAGAGCAAAACACGGCUUUGAGCUAGAUGGUGAUGUGCCUUAAGAGUCUCAGCAAUGGUGUGUGGACACCCCUCUUCCCCCUCAGACCCGCUGCUGCGUUGGAGUAACCCACGAUGAUGAUGAGCUGGCUGCAGCCUCAGGAAGAUGGUGCCCAUCGAAGAGGUUGUCCCUAGCCCAUGCACUUCCAGAGGACCUUCCUGUGGAGCACCUCCAUGCGCUUCAGCAGGGUGGGGAGGUGGUCAUCGCGCUAUUAAAUACAAGAUGUGCUGGCCUGCUCAUU